CGUCAGCACUCCAAUGACGUCAUAGGAAGUACAAGUGCAAGUAGCACCAAAUGAUCCAGAGUGCAAGGUGGUUGUUUGAUCGUAUGGUGGCUCUUUUCGCCUAGUACAGAUCAGUUCCAACUGGGCGAGACGUGUCAACAUCUUUGCUGCUUUCCCUAACGAGUACACCUGUCGUGCUCUUUGUUUAUUGCUGACUUUUUAAGAAUUUCUCCCGCGUUCGACCAUGAAGACCUCUGUGAUGAAGAACUUUAGUCUGGUGUCUACUUCUACGACCCCCGUCCUUUUUACGUUCGGCGUAAGCCCUCGUACCUGAAGCUCCACAUAUACCACCCGCUGCACAUCACCAAGCUCUUCGGGGAGAUUUGAAAAUUGUGAGACUUGUCGGCUGAUCUGCACCGAGAGACGUCGCUGCUCGAGCCUUCGAAGCAGCGCCCUCGCCCGCCCCUAAGCUGCAGUGUUUAGCGUCGCCCCAGGGUCCUCAUCAGUCCUGCGCCAUUGCCUCCUCAGCAGCAAACUCCGCUUCCGCCGUCUCGAACGCCAUGGGACGCAAGAAAAUCCAGAUCUCGCGGAUCACCGACGAGAGAAAUCGUCAGGUGACUUUCAACAAACGCAAGUUCGGCGUGAUGAAAAAGGCGUACGAACUGAGUGUCCUGUGCGACUGCGAGAUCGCGCUCAUCAUCUUCAGCAGCUCCAACAAACUGUACCAAUACGCGUCGACCGACAUGGACAAAGUGUUGCUCAAGUACACCGAGUACAACGAGCCGCACGAGUCGCUCACCAACAAGAACAUUAUUGAGGCGCUCAAUAAGAAGGAGCACAAAAACGGCACUUGCAGUCCCGACAGCCCCGAGCCAGACAGUGAAUACCAACUCACCCCACGCACCGAGGCCAAGUACAACAAGAUUGACGAGGAAUUUCAAAUGAUGAUGCAGAGGAACCAACAGAUCAAUGGCAGCAGAGUGUCAAUGAGCCAGAGCGGCUACACUUUGCCCGUCACGGUGCCAGUCAACUCGAGUUACGGCGACUCGUCCGCAGGUCUCAUGCAGUCUAGUCCUCAAAUGGCUCACCCGAGCGUCAGUCCGAGACCGUCGUCCUCAGAGACGGACACGGUGUACCCGGCGGAAGCAAUGUUGGACAUGAGCAAUGGAUACCCACCCUCGGCCUCUCCCCUCGGAUCGGCGUCGCCCGGACCCAGUCCGGGCCUCGCCAACAAAAGUCUGCAGAAACAACCGUCGCCGAGCCGGUCGCACCUGCGGGUCGUCAUCCCCACGCCGCAGGCACCGCAGGGCAGCCUCCCCUCAGAUGAAGUAAUUGAAGACAAUGUUGAUUACACUCGAUAUUUCUUCCUUUCGCAGAACCCGUCAAUACCAGGAAUGUCGUCGUACGCCGCGUCGCUGAGCAGUGCAUUCGGCCCGCAGGACUUUUCGGUUGGAAAUGACAUUGGACUCGCAAGCCUGAACACUCUGCACAGCUGGAACACUCCGGGGCCGUUAAGUUCCUCACUCGGACAUCCAAGUGGUGUUCUGCUCUCUUACAGCGGUUUGCCACACCUGGCGGUGUCGAGCUCGACGCCGCCGCCCGCCACCUCGCCGUUGCCAGUCAAGAUCAAAAGUGAGCCCAUCUCCCCGCCGAGGGGCGAGGCCGGCGGCCACUUGUCCUCGCGACCCAGCUCAACGGGACACCUGACGCCCACUCCAGGUAUGAGGCAUAGUACAAGUACAAGCGUAAACCACUCGUCACCCGGAGACCCGCGGCACAGCGUCGAUUACGACCCCGGCCCAAUGCAGAAGCGCUCCCGCCUGACCACCGAGGGCUGGGCUUCUUAGUGGCACGCUUACCCGGCGUCGAGCAUGUACGAUGCCACCUCUCUGUUGCAACAAGCGUCCAGCCAUUAGAGAAUAGAGCAAACACUUAUAUUCUUUCUCUGUGCGUGUGAAACAAGCCAGUCACUCUCACUCACUCAGUCAACAUACAAAAAUUGAAGAAGCAGCCGAGCUGUCUACUUUCCGAACCUCAGCCCGAGGAAGCGAAGAGAAGAAAAAGCCGCCGUCAGGGAGAUUCAUGAUUUUACGCGAGUAAAAAAUAUAAAUAUCUAAUUAAAUAUUGUUGUCAACAUAUUCAUCGCGGAGCCAUUAUUAUUUUUAGUCAAAUUGAAAAAUCGAAUUGUUGCCACACGUCUUGGAAAACAAUUGCUCAUUGUAUUUAAUUAUAUAUACUCUCGACAGAGGAAAGUGAAAAACCACUCGAAUUUGUGUAUAAGACGGUCCAUAAUCUUGGAACUGGAAAAUUGUAAAGCUCUUGUCUGGAGAUGGAUGUGAAUUCUUCGUACAAAAAUAAUUAUGUCCACCGAGCGCCAAGCUAACCGAUCACCGUCAAAAACAUGCCGUUUAAUGAAUGCAAUUAUAAAUUUGUUGUGUUUGCUGUUUGUACAUACACCACUGACACAUACACAUGAUGUUCGUUCGUUCACACACCAAAUGAUGAUAAGCUCCACACACUCAAGCACGGAAACUUCUUGAAAAAUAUGUACAUAGGCAGGCAGACAAAAGUGCUUCAAUGAAAUGAUAUGGCAAGAGAGAGAGAUUCAUAUAUAUAGUUGCGGGAAAACUAGUGUUGACCACUGAUGAAAAAUUAUUACCACCAGAACCACUUUACCACCACAAAAGACUCGCUGAAUUUAUAUUUGUACUAGAAUAUAUUUUACUAACAAACUUAUACAAAAUUGCGGACAAAAAAAAUAAUGUGCUGGAUCGGAAUAUUCACCGUAGCAGAGAAAAGAGAUAUUUACACGUUUUGGAGAAAUUCAGGGCCAAGCCCUUUUUAAUUCAAAUAUGAAACACACACGCUGGCCAUUUAUAUGAAGAUUGGUGAGCUGCUUCUGGUAAAAAUAUCAACCACUAUGUGGGUGAAUAGCUAGUUCAAUAAGUAGAGAGAAAUAUUGUGGCCAUUCGUCAGCUGCGAAAAAGAGCCGUGAGACGAAAGUCUGAAGAAGGCAUCACACUCUGAACGAGACGAUAAGUGGUCCAAAAAUUAUUUUUCUGACAUACGAAGUGAAUAAAACGUUUUCUAUAGCUUGGUGAAUCAACCAAACGUAUAAACACAAACACACACUCACUAGAAAAAGAAUGCAUAUUUGAUAUAUGAAGAGAAGAAGCAGAGAGAGCGAUUGUUAAUUGUGUUUUCUUUGGAUAUUAUUAAAGUAUAGCCGUAUUAGGUGUAGCCGAAAAUGAGAUAAUUGUCAGUGAAAUGAAAGAAAAAGAAUCACGCGAUAUGACGAUGUCAAUUUUUCCUGUUUUUGUUUUUGUUGUGCAUUAUUUAUUUUUUUUCUUCUUCGAGAGAGAGACGAUUUAAUUAACUCUUAUAAAAAUUUCUGUGCGCGCCAGGCGUAUAAAGUGGGUGAAAAGAUGAGAUAUCGAGCAAAGAAAAACUAUACUUUUCUUUGGUAAGACAAAAUGCAACAACAAACUCCAUUUGUGCCGUUUUUAAGCUGCUGCUUUGUUGUAAAAAAAAAUUCUGUUCUGUCACUGCUCAUGCUGUUUGCUAUAUACAUGAAAGUUUGUUACACACAAAAAUCUAUAUAUAGAUGAGAUGUUAUCCGAUGUAUUUGUAUAAUUCUAAAAAAAAAAAAAAAUACGUUGUACUGUCUCGCGCCAGCGCUGCGGCAACAUAUCCCGAAAUGCACUCAAAAAUACACACACACUGCUGUUAAAUGAUGAAAUUUUAAAAAUUUUAACCAAAUCAAUGCUAAUCAAUUAAAAAUAAAUAAAUUGCCUUCUUCUGAGGCUUUAAUCUUCGAGGAACCAAAAUGUCAAUAGCGGUCUCACACAGCCUUUUCAUACUAAAUAAAAAGUAAUUUUAUUAGGAGCUUUCCCUGCAUCGAGCUGAGAUUGGAAUCGUAACCGCUUUUUAAAAGCACCUUUUUGAAAUUUUUACCAAUCAGAAAUUCUCCCCAAAUGAAAAACACACACAAUAAAAUGUUCGCAGCCGCGGUAUGUGUUAAUGUUCGUACGUAGUUCAACGCGAUUAAUCAAAAUUCUACCGUCAUAUUGGAAAAUCGUGUUUUUGAUGAGAAAAUAAACGGGGUGUGUGUCAUGUCACGUACCUCCUUCGUCCAGUUGUCCUUAAAACGACCUCCUUGUAGGAAUCGCCUUACUCUCAGUGCCUCGGUGUGUGUUGAACAUUUUAAAAAAACAAGUUCGUGAGACAAAAAGAAAAAAAUAUAUCAUUCGGUUAAAAUAAAAACCUCUGCGAAAUUAGGAAAAGAGAUCAAUUCACAGCAAAAAUGAGAGAGAGAUUUAAAUGCAUACUUGGAGCUCUAAAAGUUGUAUGUUGGAUAAAAUAUAAAUAUUUAUCAUUGUUGAGAUCAUUAAAAUAUAUUUGCACAAGAGAAAACGAACCACCCAUAUAAUAUUUAAACACACAGUGAAUGCAAAGAGCAGAUGUGAUUUUUAACUUGUGGAAAGAGAUCUGCGGAUUGAGGAAAUUUGUUGAAUUGUGCAAAUCAAGAUUUUGAUGGGGGAGAAUAAUGAAAACUGUCCGUGCCUUUCUCGUCGUCGUCAGACCCUGUUCAAGUUAAAAAAGUGCACCCCGUCACUUCAGCGUUAAUACAUUGGAAAAAUUAAAAUUAAUUUUUGUAUAAGCCUUUUUGUCUCGCUCUUGAAUUUCCUUCCGUCUCUGAUUUCCCCUCAUACAUGCGCCACUUCCAAACGCACUUCUUCUCGAAUUGUUGCAAAUUGUCCCCCCGAAGAAAGUGAAAUUAAAAUACAAAGGUGAUUUUUCUUCAAAGAUCCAAUACUCAGGCCUGCGAGAUAUUGUCAAAAAUCAAACGGAACAACUAAUUGUAAUUACCAAAUAAAAUAUAAAUGAAUCAAUUAAUUAAUGGUGAAUGUACUUAUGUGUGCGAGAGAGGGAGAAACAAACCACUCAGAAAACGAGAAUAAACAAACUUCAAGAUUGAUAAUUUUUUUUUGUAUAAAUACUAAAAUGAGGCAGGAGAAGGAAUUAUAUUAUAAUUGUUCUGCUGUUUUCAAUAUAUUGCCCGUUGUAAAUAAUGAUUUCUGUCAGAUAAGUGCAAUAUUUGUUGAUAUGUCCAUGCAAAUAUAGAGGAACUCUUGUGAAAAUAAAAAUUGAUGCUGUAUUCAAUGGGUUUUCGUUUCCACAAAGUAAUAAAAAAUGAUAACCUCUCAUAUAUGCGAUCCUCAGAAAGGUAGACGCUGAUCACAUAAUUUAAUGGGUUGUGAAUACAAGUAUGUGUUUUAAAUAUAUCGCUCGAGAACAGAAUUCAGGCUUCCUUCCAUCGGUAAAUCUGCAUUUUUCUCCCUUCUUUUGUGCAAUUUUUAAGUUACUUGCACACACAAGUUCAGGAAUUACAGGUAUUUUAAUUUCUAACCCUCCCUGAUUAGGUUUGCCGCGACAGACAAUAAUAAUUUUUAUCAAAUUCGGCUCCGCGCGAGAUUUUUCAGAGGAUUUUAAAGAAAAAGAAAAUCAAAAUAAUCAUAACUGGGUCGCGGACUAUAUUUUGUAUUUUUGUAGUGCCAAAAUACUACUUCUGAUGAUGGGGAAAAAGCUCUAACAGAGAUUAUAGGAAAAAAAUGAUUUUAUUUUCGGACAAAAACGAUUCCUUAAAAUUCCGUUCUGGGUGGUGAAAUUUUGAAAUUUCCUUCCUGUUCCGUUCGACAAGAAAGCAUCUAGGGAACUGUUGGAGAGAGGAAA